AUGGCUGACGCCAACUACAACGCCGAAGAAGCUGCCGAGCUCAAGAAGAAGAGAACCUUCCGAAAGUUUUCCUACCGAGGAAUCGACCUCGACCAACUCCUCGACCUAACCUCGGAACAACUCCGCGACGUGGUCCACGCCCGUGCGCGCCGACGGUUCAACCGCGGUCUGAAGCGCAAACCCAUGGGCCUGAUCAAGAAGCUCCGCAAAGCCAAGCAAGCCGCCAAGCCGAACGAGAAGCCCGACCUGGUCAAGACGCACCUGCGGAACAUGAUCGUCGUGCCGGAGAUGAUCGGGUCGGUGAUCGGCAUCUACAGUGGCAAGGACUUCAAUCAGGUCGAGAUCAAGCCGGAGAUGGUGGGCUUUUAUCUCGGCGAGUUCAGUAUCAGUUACAAGCCGGUGAAGCAUGGGAGGCCGGGCAUUGGUGCGACGCAUUCGUCGAGGUUUAUUCCGCUGAAGUAG